UUCUAAAAGACAACAGAUUAUUUUCUUUUAGCUGACAAUUCACUUUACUUUAUUCCUCAUAAAUGCAGGGGUUCAAUACCCAGGACAAAUAAGCUUUCUUUUGUAAGAAUGUAAGAAUGUUACUUCAGAUUAAAUGAAAUGGAUAUGAAAAAUAUAAAGGUUUACCCGACAAGGGAAGAAACGAUCCCAACUUAUAAUAACGUUGCGUUUCAAGAAAAUGGGAAUGAGAAAGACAGUAUUAACAGAAGUGGAGCUUUAAAGAAUGAGAGUAACAAAAUAGCGAAUGCCAAAACCGAGUGCACCAUACCUGGUGCUACCAAUAUUGAGAGUAUCACAGUUGAAAGCAGCAAAAUUGGAAAUAGAGAAGAGGGAAAUAACAAAGAUGGAAGUAAUGAAGGUGAAAGCGAUAAACAGGGAAACAGCAAAGAGGAAACAGAAAGACGAUGGAUACUCGAAAACAUAAAGAUGAGAAAAUGUAAGACGUUCGUCCCCAAAUCUGAUAAUGUAUGUCACUGUGGGUAUGAUAUAGAACAACAUGAAAAGCAAACACACUACCCUUUUAAAUGGGAAGAAGAAACAGACACUGAGCUGUUGCCAACAAAUGCAUUUGGUGAAGUGGAAUUUCGAGGACUUGGUCAGAAAAUUGGAAAAUUUGUCCGUGUGGAUCAUAAAACACCAAUGGAGACAAUUAUUAAAUUGAUAACAGCUCAAUGGAAUUUGUCGUUACCAAACCUGCUUAUUUCUGUGACCGGAGGAGCAAAGAACUUCCAGAUGAAGCCACGGCUUAAAGAAGUAUUCAGGCGUGGGUUAGUGAAAGUUGCAAGAAGUACAGGUGCCUGGGUUACUAGUGCAGGAUUACAUGCUGGAGUGAUGAAGCAUGUUGGAGAAGCUAUUCGGGAUUACGGAUUUGCAUUAUCUGGCAAGGACAAGGUGGUGGCAAUAGGCAUUGCACCAUGGGGUUGUGUCCAGAAAAAAGAAUUAUUAGAGAAUCCAAAUGGAUCUUGGCCGGCUGAAUAUCAUGUUAUAAAUUAUCAUAGCAAAAGGAUGAGCCCCUUGGAUCCUAAUCACUCGCAUUUCAUCCUUGUUGAUAAUGGUACUCAGCAUACUUUUGGGACAGAAAUUGAAUUCCGAACUCAUUUGGAAAAGACCAUUGCAAGUAAAAAUAUCCGAGAGACAGAAAAGAUCAAGAUUCCAGCUGUUGUAGUAAUGGUUGAAGGUGGACCUGGAACUCUGAAGACAGUCUUUAGUUCAACUUCAUGCCAUACUCCAGUUAUUGUAGUAAAGGGAUCUGGUCGGGCAGCAGACAUAAUGGCUUAUGCUUACCAAACAGCAUUCAAGAAUGUAGAAGAGGAAAAUGACAAAGAUAUAACUGAUGGGUCAGUGUUUUCACAUCUACUUCACAAUGACUUAUUAUCUUUCAUCUUUUAUAUCUUAGUCAUUAGAUUGUGCCCAUGCUGGGGCACCACCGUGAAGAGUUUUUGGUCGAAUGAAUCGACCCCAGUAUUUAUUUUUAUUUAUGCCUCGUAUUUAUUAGCGAAUAUAAAUGAUUUACUCAAAUAUGUCUGUGGUUCCCUUGAUCAUCCAAAUUUAGUGACAGUUUUUGAAAUGGAUUCUAAGGAUUCAGUUCGAGAUAUUGACAUGGCAAUCUUGAAGGCUCUUCUCAAAGCAAAUGACAAGAAAGUAGAAAAUUUGAGGCUUACACUGGAAUGGAACAGAAGUGAUAUUGCAAAGAGUGAAAUAUUUACAGAUGAAACUCUUUGGCCAACUGGCUCAUUGGAUAAUCUUAUGUCAUUCGCCCUCCAUGAAGAUCGUGUUGAUUUUGUCAAACUUUUCAUGGAAUAUGGAGUUACUUUGAAGAAAUUCUUAACCAGAGACUGUCUUAAAGAAUUAUAUAACAGGAUUCCCAAAAACUCCUGGUUAUACAGUCUGUUUGAAUUAGCCACCAAGAAGGAAAAAGAUUCUCUCGACUUGAACGAUGUUGCUCAGCUCAUCAAUUUCCUGAUGGACGACGACUAUUUUGAGUACAGUUAUGAAAUAAACAGCUCAGACUUCACUUAUCCUGCAAAUGAAUUGUUUCUAUGUCUUUUUGAAGAACGUGCCAUUGGAGUUUUGACUGAAUGUUACUCUUCAGAUGAAAAAAUGGCAUUAGACUUACUAGUGCAAGAACGGCAAAACUGGAGCAACGCCACGUGUAUGCUUAUAGCAGUAAAUGCAGACAAUAAGAAAUUUAUCUCUCAUGCUGCUUGCCAAUCUCUACUGAACAAUAUCUGGAUGGGAGAAAUGAAUGAAAAUAACAGCAGCUGGAUGUUGAUACUCUGUACAUUGUGUCCAUUGUUUAUAUUUCUGAUAAAGUUUGACGACAAUAACAUGUGUACCUCAUCAGAAGAAACCAACAAAGAUAAUCCGGACUAUUAUAAAAAGACUAAAGAGCCAAUACCUGAGUCUUCUUCUCUGUUAUGCCAUCCUUCUAAGCAUGGACCCAGGAAUACAUGUUCCAAGAUGUUCAGCAGACUCCUGUUAUUCUAUAACACUCCUGUCAUAACAUUUUUUGGAAAUUUGAUAUUCUACAUGAUCUUCCUUGGCAUUUAUAGCUACGUUGUACUUGUUGAACUCGAACAGCAUAUUUCUGUCCUUGAAUGGCUUCUGCUUGUGUGGGUGAUUGGAAUAUUUACAGAAGAAGUUCACCAGAUUUGCAUCAGAAGUUGGAUGUUAACAAAAAGUUCUCCAUCUCUUUGGAUAAAACUUGUUAAUUACAUCUCCGAUAUUUGGAACAUAGUUGAUGUUAUAACAAUCAUCUUGUUCAUCAUUGGAAUCAUUCUUCGCUAUCUGCACUAUUCUGAUGUUGCCAGAGUGGUGCUCAGUUUAAAUUUGAUUUCCUUUUACUUCCGUGUUCUUCAUAUGUUUUCCAUUCACCAAGAACUUGGUCCAAAGCUUGUAAUGAUUAAGAAAAUGAUGCAAGACCUUGGAUAUUUCUUCAUGAUCCUGUUUGUUUUCAUGGUUGCCUAUGGCAUUGCUACCCAGUCAAUUCUCCACCCAAGUACACCAAUGUCAUAUGAUCUAUUUAGAGGAGUUUUUAAAAAAGCAUAUUUUCAGAUGUACGGAGAACUUUUUCUUGACGAAUAUGAUGAAACUAAUUGCAAUAAUAUAACUGGCAAAUGUCCCUCAACGGUUGGCACAUACAUCGCACCAAUUUUGAUGUGUUUAUAUAUUUUGCUAACGAAUAUUCUUCUUCUCAAUUUACUCAUUGCCAUGUUCAGUUGCACAUUCCAAAAUGUGCAGGUAAAUACGGACCUUCACUGGCACUUCCAAAGAUACAGCCUGAUCUUUGAGUUCUACACUCGACCCCCUCUUCCCCCUCCUCUCAUCCUCUUGAAUAACAUCUAUCUCCUUUUUCGAUACCUUUACAAAAGAAAAAGACAUUUACCAUACAAGAAAAAAUCUGGAUUUAGAGAAAAAUUUGACAGAAAUGAUGAGAAACGCCUGAUUCACUGGGAAGAUGAGAUGGCAGACUCUUAUUUAUCAAAGAAAGAGAAAUAUGAUAGUAAUAGCAUGUAUGAGAAAGUAAUUUCAUCUUCAAAUCGAAUUGACCAAUUAACACUGAAAAUAGAAGAAUUACAACACCAACUGCAAUAUUCUAAAUAUGAAAAUUCACAGAAUGUUGUCCCUAAAAUUUUGUCUCCAAAAUCUGUAAUGGAAAUUUCUAAAGAUAUCAGCACUUCAAAUCAGAAGCUACAAAAAAUUGAAGAAAAGAUUAACGAUAUUGAUACAUCACUUGCUUGGAUAAAAGAAAAACUCAGAGGAGAAAAUCUUCAAGCAGAGAUUUCCUGUUGAAACGCUGGUUGAAUAUGUAUGGAAUUGUCUAUAUAUGUCUUUCUACCAACAAUGUAAUAAAUAUUUAAUAGACAAAAGUAUUGGGAAGUUAUUAAUUAUAACAAACCAGACACAGCAGCAGCAACAAGAACAGCAGUUGUAGUCAAAAUGGAUGUAAGCAAUAGUUAUGUCAGGUGGGUCAUACAAGAGACAUCGUGUAUAAAAACUGUAUUUAUAUAUAAGCGUUAUGCCUCUGUCCUCUGGCUAUUGGAAUAACAUAGCUGGUGGAAAGACAAGUGAUAGAGAAGGAGGCAGCUUGAAUGAGGUGUGUGAAGGACAAGGAGAGAGAAUAAAGAGACAAUCUGCUUUUCCUUGGAACUUUAGCAACAAAAAGAAAUAUAUGUAUUUUUACAUAUUUUUGAGGGCGGGCUGCUUGUGAAUUUACAGUAUUUGGGGGUGGAGGGUGUGUGUAUUUAUGGAGUUUUUUUGGCGGGGUACAUGUGAAUUUAUGGGGUUUUGGGUGGGGGUGCAUGUGAAUUUAUGGGGUUGUGGGGGAGGGGUGCAUGUGAAUUAAUGUUUUUCACAGAAAUGAAAGAUCAAUUUGGAUAAAAAUAAAGAAUUCUAAAAAUAAAAAGUGAUAAUUGUUUAUUAAUUAAAGAAAUGCAAAAGAAAAAUAUAAUUAAUACAAAUAUUUUGUUAAACCGUUAAAAUAUAUUUUACUAGUAAAGCACUUUGAAAUACUGGACACAGAGUAUAAUACCAGGGUAUAAUCCAUUCCAAAUUAGAGACAGCAAAGAGGGGACUUGGAUGUAAAUAACCAUGUUCUUCACGCUAUAUUUAAACUAUUCUACUCACUCUAUAUUUGCUUAAGUUUCUAAAAUAUAAACAAUAUUCAGAAAUUUCACAAUCUUUUAUUUAUUUAUUUUUUACAAAAGUUUAAUUAAACUAAAAACAAAAUAUAAAAAUUGAGCUGCAAAAGAAGAAAGGUAGCAUAGACAUUGGACAUAUAUAGUAUUAACAGCAAAUAAAUCUCAAAUAUUGUUUGUAAGAAAAAAAAAUUGCUUUAUUUAUUUAGUUGUAUUUUACAAGAUAACAAUAGAAUUUCAGAUACAAAAAUAUACGGCUGGCACCAAAGACAAAACAAACAUUUUGUUAUAUUUUGGUUUCUACAUAUCUAAAAUAGCACCUAACUGGUAUUUUCUGGAUAAGCAGAUCUUUAAAGAUUUUGGAUUAUACAAUAAAGGCUAUUUUAAGAUAGAGAUUAAUUUCAAAAUUCACUCCUCGAAUUUUCUGGAAAGACUGUUGUUCUAAUUAAUUGCUUUUAUAAAAGAUCCUAUCACAUGACACUGUCCCCUGGAACUGUUAUCACAAUUCCUUUACAGCUGUCCAACUCAAAAGAGGCAACACUGUCAAGAGAACUUGGAACAUGAAGAUGUCAGCUUUAAAUUUGUACUGCCUUCAAUGAGGGACAAAAAUCAUGGUCUAGAAAAUUCUUGACCAGUCAUUCUUUGUGUUUCGUCUUGCAUGCAAUUAAAAUUAGAAUGUCAACAAAAUAAAACGUUAAGCAAAAUUAGGGAGGGAAAACUUUUCACAAAGAAAAGCAGUGGUAAAUAUUUAUCACACAGUAUGGUUUUUUUUUUUCUUUUUCAAGUGAAAAUCAACCAAAUAU